AUGUCCGCCGAACGCCGCAUCAAAGGACUCAAAUCGCGCUACAAGAGCUUGAAGUCAUCACUCAUCCAGAUCAAAAUCUUUGUCGACGAGUAUCAGGAGGAUAGGGACUACCUCGAAGUUCCGGUUCGUCUUGAACACCUUCAGAAGCUGUGGACCGACCUGGACAGCGUCCAAAGCGAUCUAGAAAUGCAGGACGAUGAUGCUCUGGAUGAACUCUUGAAGGAGCGGAUGGCGUUCGAGUCGCUUUUCUACAAAGCAAAGGGGUUUCUUUUGGCCAUGAACAAGCAGCCUACUACGUCGAUCGCGUCUCUGGCUAGUCAUUCUCGCCACCUUCCUGCACAGUCGUCGCACAUCCGCCUGCCAGACGUCAGACUGCCUACGUUUAGUGGAAAUAUUGACACGUGGCUCAAUUUCCACGACCUUUUUGUGUCACUGGUUCAUUCCUCGGCCGAUCUCUCGAGCAUACAAAAGUUCUACUACCUGCGCUCUUCACUCGCUGGCGAUGCACUGAAACUCGUUCAGACCGUUCCGAUCAGCGCCGAGAACUACCCUAUUGCAUGGGAACUUCUGAUAAAUCACUAUCAGAACACUGCCCGACUCAAGCGCACCUACGUAGAUGCUUUAUUCGACUUCCCUUCGUUGAAGCGGGAAUCUGCGACGGAAUUGCACUCGAUGGUCGAGAAAUUUGAAUCGAACGUGAAAAUCCUGAAACAGCUCGGUGAACGCACGGAGUAUUGGGAUAUAAUCCUGAUCCGCAUGCUUAGCAUUCGACUAGACCCGACCACGAGGAGAGACUGGGAGGAGCAUUCGUCUGCGCUGGACAACGUGUCGUUCCAGGAACUGACCACCUUCAUCAAGAGGCGAGUGAUAGUAUUACAAACUAUCAAUAUGAAGGCUCCAGAAAUUCCACCCCCUGCUACGUCAAAAAGGCCUACUCAACGGCCAGUAGUCAGUAACAACGCUUCUCAGCAGUCAACCAACAGCGGUCGAAACUGCGCCGUCUGCCUCGAUCAUCAUCCGGUCUACCUUUGCCCUGCCUUUUCGAAGCUGGAUCUGGAGGGAAAGGAGAAACACGUUCGUCGCCUGCAGCUUUGCAGGAACUGCCUUCGAAAGGGUCAUCCGGUGCGGGACUGUCCAUCUUCCAGCUCUUGUCGAAGAUGCAGAGGACGUCAUCACACUCAACUCUGCUCGGGGGAAAACGUAGUCGCUGUGCACUCCAGGGCUACAGAAUCCGAACACGCGAGAUCGGUCCCCACUCCAGCGGCUGAACAUCAAACACCAAAAUCUUGUAUCAGCGCAUCUCUCAACUAUACGCCUAACUGCGCUCCAUCUGAGAGUCGUCACAAGAACGUCCUACUCGCUACUGCUAUUGUAACCUUGGUCGAUGCCAACGGGGCAGCUCAUCUCGCUCGGGCUCUUCUGGAUUCUGGGAGCGAAUGCUGUUUCGUAACGGAGUCGUUCUCGCAGUCGAUCAAGGCACCACGUCAAAAGAUCUCGCUGCCAAUCUCGGGGAUUGGGCAGUCAUCAACCUACGCGCGCUACAAAAUCGUGUCCACCAUACGUUCCAGAACGAGUGAAUACUCCGCCACCGUGGAAUUAGUGGUACUUCCGAAGGUCACAAUCGAUCUCCCAUCGUCAUCCAUAGAUCCCUCUGCAUGGAAGAUCCCUCCUGGAAUUCAGUUGGCCGAUCCGACUUUCUACCGCUCUCAUCCGAUCGACUUGAUUCUGGGCGCGGAAAUCUUUUUUGACCUCUUCACGGUGGAUGGUCGAAUCCAACUCGGAGACUCGUCGCCAUUCCUCGUCAACUCCGUACUUGGUUGGGUGUUGUCCGGGAAAAUCUCGAACGGAACCCCAACCACUCCGAUCGUUUCCAACGUAGCCAACGUCACAACGGUCACUGAACUACAGCAUCAGAUGGAGCGAUUUUGGACCAUCGAGGAAGGCAACCCCUCAUCGUGCUAUUCGGUGGAAGAAACAGCAUGCGAGAACCACUUUCGCCAAACUGUAGCUCGCAACCUGGACGACAGGUACAUCGUUCGCCUACCACUACAAAGCAACGUACUCGAGCAGCUUGGUGAUAAUCGUUCCAACGCUAUUCGUCGGUUUCGGAUGCUCGAGAGUCGUCUGAAUCUCCAACACGAUAUCGCUGAUCAAUACACUGACUUCAUGAACGAGUACCAGUCACUUGGACACAUGCGACGCGUCACGGACUACCAGACACCGCCUGAAAACUGCUAUCAUCUCCCGCACCACGCAGUCAUUCGGGAAGAGAGUACGACCACGAAACUUCGGGUCGUAUUUGACGCAUCGGCUAAGACUUCCAACGGCCCAUCUCUGAAUGACGCCCUCCUGGUCGGUCCGAUCGUGCAGGAGGACCUCCGAAGCAUCAUCAUGCGCUCGAGGCGAAACAAGGUAAUGCUAAUUGCUGACAUUAAGCAAAUGUUCCGCCAGAUCCUGGUGGACCCACGAGACACGCCGUUACAGCGCAUCGUCUGGCGUUCUACACCGGACGCACCUCUAGACACCUUCGAACUACAAACGGUUACCUACGGCACCGCGAGCGCUCCCUUUCUAGCGACGAGAGUUCUUCAGCAGCUUGCAGACGACGAACAAAACAACUUUCCCAAGGCAGCAGAGGUUCUACGAAAGGACUUUUAUGUCGACGACCUGUUCUCGGGAGCCAACAGCGUAGAGGAAACCAUCGAACUCCGAGAACAACUUGAAGCGCUCCUGUCGAGAGGCGGAUUCCAACUCCGCAAGUGGGCCUCCAACGAACAAUCUGUUUUGUAA